AGAAUUUCUCCUAUCCGGGGUUAAACCUAAAGAGUGUAUAAUCUAGCUCCGAAGCCUCAUCCACGUCGGUCACCGUGGCUCAUAAUCCGGCAUCCGAAAUGGCCACCUCGACUUCGACGAUCGCUUCAGUUAUUAGUCGGAGACCACUGCUAUUGCCAGCCCAUUUGUCAACCAAAUCACGCUACAGCCUUUGCUUGAUUUUUAUUAAUAGGAAAUUGAGUUUCAACAGACUUCAUCAAUCUCCCACAAUCUCCUGCGAUUUUUCUUGCUUCGAAGUUAGGGAUGUUAGCUAUAGGCCUCCUGGAACCCAGCUCAACAUUUUAAAUGAAGUUAGUUUUUCUUUACCGGAGAAGAGUUUUGGCUUGAUUUUUGGUCAGAGUGGAAGUGGAAAAACUACUCUCUUGCAGCUUCUUGCAGGGUUAAGUGAGCCAACUUCAGGUUCCAUUUGCAUCCAAAGAUACAGGAAUGAUGGUAAUCCAUAUCAAUCUAGUGAACCGCUAUCUCCAGAAAGAGUUGGUAUUGUCUUUCAGUUUCCUGAGAGGUAUUUUGUGGCGGAUACUAUAAUUGAUGAAGUUAUAUUUGGAUGGCCAAGGAAAAAGGGCAGCCUUCAAUUGAAGGAGUAUCUUGCUCUGAAUCUUCAGAAAGCUGUUACUUGGGUUGGAUUAAAUGGGAUCCCCUUUGACAAAGAUCCUCAAUCUCUUAGUGGUGGCUACAAACGCAGGCUUGCUUUAGCAAUCCAACUAGUACAAGUUCCUGAUUUAUUGAUAUUGGACGAACCUCUCGCUGGUCUCGACUGGAAGGCUCGAGCUGAUGUCGUAAAGCUUUUAAAGCAGCUGAAGAAAGAAUUGACCUUACUCGUUGUCAGUCAUGACCUCAAAGAGUUAGCAGCUCUAGUUGAUCACUCUUGGAGGAUGGAAAUGGGUGGAUUUCUCAAGGAAGAGCUGCUUCCAGAAUAGCGGCUAUUCCUACCUAUCACCAUCCGAUGCUAUGAGGUUUGACUCUGAUGAAUCUAGUGGCUAGGUGCUUUUACUCUCCAAAAACUGCACUUAGUUGGAAGAAAAGGUCCAUGGAAGAGAAUUAAAAUGGAGAUAUCUCUAGGUAAUAUAUCCUGAAUUCUCAAAAUUGUUAAUGAUGGGAUUACUGGAUGUGAAGUCAAUCUCAUGUCAUAAAUCCAUUUCAACCCAUCUAAUCACUAUGAUAUGUUUUGGUUUUAAAUUGGACUCAAUAAUAAUUUGUUCAGUUGGAAAAAGCAGGCUCAGUUCUGGAACAGUUUUGAGGUGGCUGAUAGCAUUAAAAAAAAAAAUUGAAAGGUGUUAAUGUAAGAGGGACCUUUUUUGACCAUAAUAAUGGAGGAGGUAGGGGCCCUGCUUCGGCAUUGCUUUACUGGUUUAACUAACUUCUAAUGGUAUAUAAUGUUAUAGAAAGGUAGGGCUAUUGAAGCUCUAUUACAAGCAUCACUCAUGAUACUUAUCAGAAAACAAAAAUUCUUGGUGUGAACUAUAGUAGCCAGUAAUCUUGGGACUGGAAAAUAGUGUUAGUAUGUGAAUGAGAAUACAACAUCUAAAACCAGACUCUAGUUUUAAGUAUCUGCAAUUUUUUGCUUCUGCUUUGUCUUCUGGAAACCUCCCCUUCCUAUUCUUGUUCCUUGGCCUUUUUUUUGGAUCUUUUAAAAUUUAGCAGCCUAAAUUUUCAAUCGUUAGUCCUUGUCAAGCUUCUGAAACAUUUGGCCAAAUGAAUCAUUGUUUACCUUUUUGGUUAAGAUUUGGGAUCAAAUGUUUUUGCUAGAUUUCUCAUACUAACUGUAGUUCUUGCUAUGUAUUCUCAUAAUAAACGAGGUUCUGCCCACCUCACAACAUUUGCUUCUGGAUCAAUUAAUUGUUCAUGGAGACAGAAUAAUUCUCUAAAAUUCAAAUAACACUUGCAAAUAGAACAAAUUAUGUUUACUGAUUAGAAAUGUUACACAACAUUUUACUGCCCACACAUAUUACACAGAAAUAAUAUGGAUACCUCAUUACUUCCAUCUUUUCGAUUUCAUUAUUACUAAAUCACCCACACAUGCAUAAGAACGUAGAUGAUAUUAUCAGACACCAUGAGCAAGCAUUUCCAUUCCUUUGCUACAGCUCCAGCACCAAGUCUACAGUCCAAUAUCAAGGGUCAGAUACAUUCAUUCAUAAAUUAAUCAUCUCAAAGCUACUGCUCGAAGAUGACAAGGUGGUCAACGUUGCAUUAUGGAAAAAAAGGAAUAAUGUCUCUUCUUUAUAAGCAGUCAAUAAUAUAAUUGCAUAUAUGGAAUAAAUUGUGGGAAGAUUAUGACUGACUUUGAUAUUUGCAGUUUAGUUAUUCUGGAAUUUAGAUCCUGCAUUCUGAUACUAGUGACAAAUAUGGCAUGGGUAUUAAAGUUUCUUUUGUGUUUUUUCUCUAAAAAAUUGUUGAUCAAUGUGUCCUCAUUAUACGAUAUCUCAAAUAUUGCCUAUAUCUAUUAUUGUAAUUUUUUUUUUCUAGUAAAUAGAUUGUAUGGAAUGGAACAGUUACAGAUGGCAUUAUGUGACAAAAUGGAAUGCUAAAAAAGUGGUUACAAUGUGUAUGGGCUAUGAUAUUAACAGUUUGAUGAAGAAAGGUAACUGGAGAUAUACUGGAAUAUCCUAUAAAAAUGACGUUUCUUUUGCAGUGUGACAAAUGUAUUAUCAAUAUAUGUUCCUUUUAGUUGUUAGUGGAUAUGUAACCAACCAACUAGUUGGUGCUAAUGCUUAGUUAUGUUAGCGUUAUUAUGCAUUGAUGGCUGCGGCAAAUCUGUUUGUCAUACUGGUUGACAUUGUACAGUCCCUUGUAUUUUUCAAAAAUGUUGUUGUACUUGGAUGUUGCAAUAAACACAUGGAUAUUAGCUGUUGGGUGAAUAA